AUGGGUUCUAGAGAAAAAGAAUCCGGUGAUUCCACAAGUAAAAGUGGUGAGAAUUGUAAACACCUUAAAGACUUAUAUGAUCAAUGCUUUAAUAAUUGGUUCAAACACGAUUUCCUUAAAGGCAAUUUUAAUGAUAAGUGCAAAUUGAAGCUAAAAGAUUACAGAGCCUGCCUUGUGGAAUUUUUUGAAAAGAAGGGAAAUCAAAAGUUGGUUGAUAUGAUCAAAAAAUUCGACUAA